AUGAGUCUUAGUAUAUUUAGUGUUAAGACGAGUUAUUAUAAAAAUGGACUUUGGUGGUUUACUAAAAUUCCUGCACGUAUUAUUGGUGAAGAAAGAUGGGAUGCUAUGAGAUUAGCAAGGAGAGUUUAUGGAAACAAAUUCUAUUAUGGAAGAUAAUAAAUUUUGUUUGAUAUCUUUUAUGAAUGGCCCGCUAUGGCCAACCUAAUUGGUAUCUAUCCAAAAGUAUUAUGAUCUUAAGAUUAUUAAGGUUGAUACUUCACAUGGAUUUCUACAUUGGGCCACUUAUGAAGCCUAUAGAGAUUGGCAAGAACAUACUUUAAAUUCAGAUGUAUUAUUUAUACUAACUCUUAGGGAUCUUUUGCUAUUUGGAUUUAUAUGUUAUGUGGAAUGUAUAUAGCUCAUUGUUUCUACUCCUAUAUGAUUCCCUAUUAUUGGACGUAAUCUAAUUUUAUCAUUUUACUAGAAACAUGUUCCCAGCUAAGAACGAAGAGUUUGUGAGAUUAAGAAUGAAAGAUGCCAUUGCUACUACUAUUAUGGAAGAAUUAUUUGCUAACAAUUAUGCAGAAUUUGCAUGGGCUCCACAUGAUUUCCAUUAUAAUAGAUAAAGAUGUAUGUCAGGAUAUGGUCAUCCAGAUGAUCCUAGAACCAUGCACAUGGCUUCAUUCAAUAGUAUCUAAUUUUCAUCAUCUUUUUAGGAAAGCACAAAUAUAAAGAACAUUAUUUGAAGAGAAUAGGAGAUUCUAGUCGUAUGACAACUGUCCUUUGA